CUCCCUCAGUCAUUGCGCGGGUCGAGUAAACCCACAGUUUAGUGCUGACUAUGGUUUACAGAACAUCUGCCAGCAGCACCAUUGUACCACAGUGCAGCUGUCACCAUUACUUAAUCCGCAUUGGUUUGCAGCAAAAAGCAAAUUGAGCAAGACAACUCAACAGCGCUGAACACAUACGCCCUAGUCAUCGAUUCAGAACGGUCAGAGGUGGACUUUGUCCACCAUUUUUUGACUCUUUUGGGGAAUACUAAAGAGGAGGAUACGCAAUUUGGAACAUGUUACUGGAAAAAUUGGUACGGUAAAAUUGUUGCAUAAUUGUUGUAUUCUGAAAUGUAGUCUUGAAAUUCUUGGACUUCUUUUGGACAACCUGACAAAAUGCAAAAUGCUUCCUUGCAACAGAUUGAUUCGUGUAGGGAAGAAAUUGUUCUUUGAAUAGUAUAGACAGGCGUCCAGAUUUUGCAUGCGAGCUAUAACAAAACGUAUGUAAUUAUUCUUCCUAGGCAUUAACAUAUUGUCUUAAACGAAAAUAAACAAUUGAUGAAUAGCCUAAUUGUCGGUAGGCUAUAGUCUGUAAAUAGUGGCACACGCACUUGUUUACCCGGGAAAGUAAACAUGUUAAUUGGCUAAUGAUUAAUAUUUUGUCAUGUAAGGCUCCAUUAUGUUCUGUGACUAAUUAUUGUCCAUACAUCUUAAUUGAUGCCAGCUAUUUUUUGAAUGUUUCAACUGAAACUGAAUAGGCAGGCCUAUGUGUCAGAUGUAUCAGUUUAACUGCAACAGUUCAGAUGAACUUGAAACAAUAUUGAUGCAAAUGAGUGACAGGAAUCGUCUGUUCAGAUUGAUUAGCCUAUAAUUAAUCACAUUCAUUUAAGUCUUCUCUUACUUGACUUAAUUAUCAGCAAAAUUUCACAUAUGAAAAGAUUGGUUUCAAUAGCCGAGCAAACUUGUACAAAAACAAAUAACAAAAUCUAAUCAAAUACACAUGAUUCAGGGAUCAACUUACAAAGAUUAUUAAAGACAAAGGGCUUGUUUGGAUUGAACUAAUUUCAAGGAUUGUUUAUAUUACACUACCUCGUUCAAAAUACAUCGAACAUGGGGAUAGUUUUUAAAAAGCGAUAUUUGUGUAUGAAAUAUUUUGCCAUGAUAAUAAAGUUACUAUACAUAAAUUCAGCUUUUCUGUCCUCCAUUAGAAAAACAAACCUCUCUUCAAACUGCGUCAAUCCGUGGGCUGUUUGUGGAAUAACAAAAGGCAACCAACCACUUGUUGUGAUGAAUUUUAAGGAGUACAUCAAGCAAAAAAAAAUAUUACGUUCCUCUCUUCAAGGAUUGUUUAAUCAUAUUUCAAGCUCAACACAUACAUACACUAGUAACAGAAUAUUUGUCAAUAUGAAGGUACUAUGGUCAGACCAGAGGCAAAUAUAGGCUAUAGGUCAAAUACUUUAAAAUAGCCUAUUUGAGGUGCUCUUGAUUUUGCUGUAAAUGUACAGUGUAGGCUAAAUCAUGCUCAGCUUGAGUAUUUGAAUGUAGUUGACAUCAACCAGUAUACAAAUAUCUAAGUUGUCACAGUACCUACCUAUAACUGGUAUCUUCGCACUAGUAGAAAAUUAUUUUGGGAUUUGUUUGAAUUCAUCAGGUGGAUUACCUGAUGGUCUAGUCUUGACUCCUUGAUGCUGAUGUUGCGUGAACAGCUUUAGGAUGAUGUCUAUCUCUUAUUCUCAGGUAGUUGUUCUCGUCGCACUCCUUACGGGAUCCAGUGUUAGUGUGGCAUAUGUCUUUCAAGCAAGUCGACCUGGAGAAGAUGCAGGAUCUCCGCCACAAACCAAAAGUGAGACAUGAAUCAAUGUGUUGACAUCUGGCCUUUCCUGCCCUGACACUCAAUUGGAUAAUAAUGGUUUUAUUACAGUAGAAUAAAAUAGAGGAUAAUAUAACUGUCCCUUCGAGGAUGGAAAUUGUCCUAUGGCAUCACCACUGUUCAUUUUCUUCCAUAUUUUUCUGGUACAGUAGGCUAAUAUACUUACAGUAGUAACCCAAUAUUUAAGAUUGACGUUACAUUUUCUGCAGCCUGGUCGCCUUAGCCUUCGUCUUGUCAUAACGCCAGAGCUUAUUAUGUGCAACACACAAACUGUGUUUUCUAGUGAAUAUGGGAUCUGUAUUAGGACACAUCCAUGGAAGUUGUGUCAGAGUCACAUGGAGUUGGCAUGUCUCUUUAGCAUUGUGAUAAUGGUGUUCUCUUGUCCCAGCUAUUUCAGACUCCCUGUGGGUUAGCUCAGCAGGAUCAUGUACGGGCAGAUGUUUUGAAUUGGAGGAAGCUUUACCGCCAGGUUGCAGAUGUGACAACUUGUGCAAAACCUACUACAGCUGCUGCUCAGAUUUCGAUGAGCACUGUUUAAAAACAGGUUUGUGUACCAGCUUGUCUUUUAACUAUUUUCUCUUACUGUAUAUCUUACUGUGGUGCUAUGGUAUAAUUAAGCAAUAAGGCCCGAGGGGGUGUAGUAUAUGGCCAAUAUACCACGACUAAGGGCUGUUCUUAAGCACGACGCAACACGGAGUGCCUGGAUACAGCCCUUAGCCGCUGUAUAAUUGCUGUAUACCACAAACACCCGAGGUGCCUUAUUGCUAUUAUAAACUGGUUACCAACAUAAUUACAGCAGUAAAAAUAAAUGUUUUGUCAUACUCUUGGUAUACGGUCUGAUAUACCAUGGCUUUCAGCCAAUCAGCAAUCAGGGCUCGAACUGCCCAUUUUACAAUCCCCAAUAUGCACAGAUUAUAACCAUCCACUACUGUUGAAAAUAAUGUACACCAAAUUACACAAUGGCUGAUAUUGAAUUUGCUUUCUGAUUGAUUUGUGUGCAUGAGUCAUGACUAUGGUCCUGUUGUAGCUAGUUGUUGGUGCUGAAUACAGGCUGUUAUGUCCCUUCCCUGGUGCAGCGGGUGGCUUUGAGUGCAGUGAAGAUCGCUGUGGGGAGACCAGGAAUGAUGAGCAUGCAUGCCACUGCUCAGAAGACUGUCUGGAGAAAGGAGACUGCUGCACCAACUACAAAGCCCUCUGCAACGGUACACACUCAAACUAGGGAUGUAUGAAAGAUGUAUUCACUGUUGAAGAAAGUGAAUUUAGGUCAGUUCAUUCCGUAUUGGGACCCAAAUGGCAAGGCAGUUGGUUAGAAGGUGACGUAGGAUGUGGGCUUUGGGUUCUUGUCUUGCAUUUUCCUUUGGACAGAAGUGCAUUAGCUUCACAUAUGUUGUUUGCUCUACAAUGAACCGCUAAAAAGUGCAAGCUGUGAGUCGCAUAUACAAUGUUACUUUUGCAUUCUACAUGGUAUCGAAAGGAAAUUUGAGGAGAAUUCUUCUUUUGAAUCAAAUUCCGAUGCACCGGCAACAGACAAUUUUACUAGAUCAUGUGCUAAACUUUAAAUUUUCAAAUUCUCCUAUUGCAGAAGACACUAAAUGGGUGGACGAUGAGUGUGAGGAGAUCACAGGCCCUGAAUGCCCUGCAGGGUAAGUUUGAAUCAAAAACCCAAUAAAUGUUUUCUUAUUAUUUAUGAUUUUAUCCUUAGAAACAGUGACAAUGGCUUUAUGGUCUGGGGAAAGGGGCAGCAGUUGAGCAGACACCUCCAACUUGGACUGGAACCAGUAGCCCUGUGGGUACCUUUUGACCUAACACUACUAGGCCAUAUGGUUCCCAUAGAAUUUGUGUAAAAUAAAGAAGUGACAUCACGUCAACAGUUAAUUUUCCAUGACAGCUUUACAGUAUUUGAUCGUUAUUCACAGUUUUAUCCGCCCUCCUCUGAUCAUGCUGUCGGUGGAUGGGUUCCGGGCCUCCUACAUGAAAAAGGGCAAAGCGGUGAUCCCCAACAUGGAGAAACUACGUAAUUCACUCCCACUCACAUCCUGACACUAGAUAGGCCAUACUGUAGCUAAUGGUGUUGAAGGCAGAAAAGGUGAAGUACCCAGGCAAUUUGCAUGGCAAUCACAUUUAUUUUAUAAAGUCGUUUUUUACAUUAGCAGUUGUCACAAAGUGCCUUACAGAUACCCAGCCUAAAACCCCAAAGUGCAAGCAAUGCAGAGGCAGAAGCACAGUGGCUAGGAAAAACUCUCUAGAAGGCAUAGGGGUCUACUCUACUCUACUCUACUAUUAUGUUUAUGAUCAGAAUGGAUGUGUUUAGAUUUCAAGCAGUGUGAUGAAAGUUUCUAGGCUACUGAUCAUUGGCUCAUUUAUUUCCAUAUAGGAACAUGUGGCACUCAUGCACCCUACAUGCGACCGGUGUACCCCUCCAAAACUUUCCCCAAUUUGUAUACUCUUGCCACGGUAUGUUUACUUAUUCUGAUGCCAUAUGAAUAUACCACUGUUUUAUUGAAACUUGAAAUAAAAUAUGUUUUCAAUUAGAUGGUUUCCAAUACAUUUCUAUAUACAUUGUAACAACUUUACAAUAACAUUGUAACAACUUUUAAACAGAUCAUUGUUUCAAUUAUGUUUCUCUGGUAACUCUGUGAGUUGUGAUGUUUUUAGGGGCUUUAUCCAGAGUCUCAUGGAAUAGUGGGCAACUCCAUGCAUGACCCCGUGUUUGACGCCAAUUUCAACCUGAGAGGGAGGGAGAAACUGAACCACCGCUGGUGGGGUGGCCAACCUGUGAGUGUAUAGAUACUGUCAAAUUCUUCACAGUUACACAGUUUUUAAACUUAGGGAAAUACACCAAUAUUUGUGCAGAAUCACAAUUACAUUUGUAGUGUAAGAUAACAACUUGGAGCAGUAUCAAGUGGUUAGGAAUGGAUAAGAUAAUAAGUGAAUGGAUUUUUUGCAUACUGUAUGCCUCAUGUUUUAUAUCUGAGCUUGGAACAUUGCCUGUUUCCCUGUAUGUCUGUAGAUCUGGAUCACUGCGGAGAAGCAAGGGGUGAAGGCAGGCACCUUCUUCUGGCCAUGGUGAGUUAACUUGGUCACUUUGUCAAUGACUAUUUCGACCUUCAACUACAGUGGCCUGUUAGAGCAAAAUGAAACCCGUCGAUUGAGGAACCCGUGCGUCAAUUAAUAAAAAAAAUUUAAAAAUCCCCAUCAAAAUCUGUCUGUUUAGGCUAGAGAUAUCAGUUUAUAACUGUAGCUUAUAUCUUUGUAUGGGCUGCGUCUCAAUCCACCGCAUCCGCCUAUGUCUGCCUUCCGCAUCUGCGGUGGAAAGUGCCAGCGCUACAGCACUGUUUGUCAGACCAGGAGACAUCCCAAAAAUCUAAUAUUGAAAGGGGAGACCCUCACGAACAUGAUGGUGUCACAGGACUCAUCUGAAGGUAACCCGGUACCAGUUUAAAAAAUGACUGGAAGUAUGGAAGUUGUUAUUUUACUUGUGAAAUAAUGCAAAUCAUUUGCAUAUCUAUGACCUAAUAAGCACGAGGGAGGUGGUCCUUCCUACACCACAUCUUUACAAACAAUACCCCCCAUACAAGCAGACACAUUGUCCAUUGAGCUUUCAAAGCAUGGUAGCGUAGAGCCCAGCUUGUUUUGCUAGCUAGUUUAGCUAAUUAGUAUAUACACAUGAGAGCCACGUGUUAGACUGCCAGACGAACACUUUGGUGGAUAUUUCUACGUUUUGACACCCUUUUGGGUUUUUGCAAAAAUGUUUUACCCCAUAACAUGUAGUUAUUCUAAACCAUGAGAUACCGGCAAGUAUACUUGACUGACAUGUCUGUGUUGUUGCAGGGUGAUUCCACUGGAGAGGAGAAUCCUGACCAUCUUACGUUGGCUAAGUCUUCCUGACGAUGAGAGGUUAGAUAUUCAUCCCCAAUGCUCAUUUAAUAUUAACAUUAACUUGUGCCAAACUCACUUCCACCAAUUUUCCCAACCAAAUUUCCCCAAAACACUCAGAGAUGGACUAAUUUGGGGGGGGGGGGGUGGGGGCAUUAAUAUAUAUAAGAGCAUUAAUAGAUACUGAAUAGAGAAGCAAGCUACUGUACUGUACUGAGGUCAGUGGUUGAGAUGUGUGUCUGUGUGCUGUCUUUAGGCCCUAUGUAUAUGCUGUCCACUCAGAGCAGCCCGACACGUUCGGACACAGACUGGGGCCCUUCAGCAACGAGGUGAGCGCCUCUGAUUGGGCCAGAGAUAACCUCAUCCCCAGGCUCGAAUUGGUUCGACAGAGAGAGCGAGCGAGAGCCGGCUGGUGGACGCAAUUAGGCCAGAGAUGGUUCAUGGUUGCUAUGGGGCGGGGUGGGUGUUGGGGAGGAUGUGUCACGUAAGAGCCUCAUCUUAAUGGGCUAAAGAGCUAAAUCAUGUUGCGCUCUCUAACUUAAACAUUGAUACUGUAAAUACAGGUAAAAUGUUAUCAUGAACCACAAUUGACAAAGUCCAGAGAUUGUUCUUGAGGCAUGACUUACUGUAGUAACCAUUGUGUGUUUUGUGUGCUGUAGUUGGACAACCCCCUGAGGGAGAUUGAUAAUGUCAUUGGUCAGCUGAUGAACGGCCUGAAGCAGAUGAACCUACACCGCUGUGUCAACAUCAUCGUUGUUGGAGACCAUGGUAUGGAAGAACGGACCACAAGGACCACCAUUUUGAAUUGUAUCUGCACUAGCCUAUGUCUACUCUGGUUAACUGACUUAACACCAAAACCUGAUGUCUUUCCCUGAUGUCUUGAUAACAUUGUGAAAAUAUCCAUAUUUACCUUGUUGUAAUCUGAUGUCUCUGCAACCAGAAAACCAUUUUACAAGCAUAAAAUGAUGUUAUUUUGAUGUCCCAUGUCAACUUUUGUUCCAUGGGAAAUAUUUACUAACCUUGGCUUAUGCGUAACUUAUCUCUUUCUCCCCCUAGGAAUGGAGGAGGCCCACUGUGAUAGGACUGAGUUCCUCAGUACCUAUCCUGUGAACGUGGAUGAGAUCAAUCUGAUCCCUGGAUCUCUUGGGAGAAUCCGGGCCCGGGAUCCCAAAUCAACCACCUGUGAGUUACACAGUACUGUAAGAGAAUGGACAUAGCAGGCUAGAUUCAUGAACUAGAAUGUGUUCACACAUUUAUUUCGUUCUAGUUAAUUUUUUCCUAUGUAUCUGUUUGACUUUUUAUGUUUACUUUUUUCAGAUGACCCAAAAGUAGUUGUGGCAAAUCUUACAGUAAGUGCACAUGAAAAAUGAACAAAACUAAACAAUUAUUAUGUUUUUGUUAGAUAUUUUGCUGGCUGUGUAGAACUUACAGUAAGUAAUCUACGUGUGGUCACAGAGUCCAUGUAAUGACCUUGUUUUUCAGUGUAAAAUGCCAAACCAGCACUUUAAGCCUUACUUGAAACAACAUCUCCCGAAACGGCUUCACUACGCCAACAACCGCAGAAUUGAGGCUGUCCACUUACUCAUGGAGAGAAAGUGGCACAUUGCCAAGUACUGUAUUUUUCUACACUACUAGUACUAUCAACUCAACUAGAUUAAGUUAAAAAGCGUUAUAUGGAAUUUGGGGACGAAUUGGUAUUUGUGUAAUGCUUUUUAUUUUGUAUAUUCUUUCUAUGUGAUGCAGGAAAGUGCCUGAAAACAGGAGGCAUCCUGGGAGAUGUGGUUUCUUUGGUGACCACGGAUUUGACAAUAAGAUCACCAGUAUGCGGGUAAACCCCUUAAAUUAACAUUCUGUCAGUGCAACAUUUUUCACAUAUUGUAUUCUUAGCUGCUUGUGCUUACAUUGUUUCCAAUGUUUGUUCCCUGUAUAGACAAUCUUUUUGGGCUAUGGACCAAGCUUUAUGUUCCAGACAAAAGUGGCAGAAUUUGAAAAUAUCGAGUUGUACAAUGUCAUGUGUGGUACGAUUUCUUUCUGUACUUAUUAAGUGCUAUUAUGAGCUUAUUUGUUGCCACCACUGAUUACUCUGAAACCAAUAUUUACAAGAGAUAUUUAAUAACUAGGAAAUAUAAAGUUUCUGUGGAAAUGUCCAUCUCAUAUGCCCUUUCUCAGACCUCCUGGGCUUGACCCCUGCCCCUAACAAUGGAACCCAUGGCAGUCUGAAUGACAUGCUGAAAGCCCCUCCUUUCACACCCAUCAUGCCAAAAGAAGUGACCGCACCCACCACCUCUGACACCACCUCUGCCAUAACCUACGACCUGCGAUGUAGCUGUGACAAUGAGGUCAGUGGUGAGGUCAUGAGUGGAAACCUGAGGUCAGUGGUGAGGUCAUGAGUGGAAACCAACUCAAAGUGUUUUAUAAUAUAAUAAUAUAAUAUGCAAUUCAGCAGACGCUUUUAUCCAAAGUGACUUACAGUCAUGUGUGCAUACAUUUUUACGUAUGGUUGGUCCCGGGGAUCGAACCCACUACCCUGGCGUUACAAGUGCCAUGCUGUACCAAUUGAGCUACAGAGGACCAGGGUUGGGAUCCAUUCCAAAGAGCAAUUUCUCAAGCAAGAAUUUAGCUAGGUCUGUCUGGGACUGGUCUGAGUAAGGGAAAACUGAAAACGAGCUGUUAUUGGCAGAGAGGUUUGGAACUCUCUUUCUUAUUGGUCUAAUAACUAAUUUAUCGCCUGGUGAUGCCACUGGGCAUGCCAAAACUCCAUCCCACUAAAACAGGCUGAAAUUUCAGGAAGUCUUUUCAAACAGCUCUUACACUAAAAGGGCAUUAUCAUAAUUGUCACAAUUUCACAGUAUUAUUCCAACCUCAUAGUGUGGAAAUAUAUAUAUAUAUAAAACAAAGGAAAAUCACAUUUUUGACUGCACUGGGCAUUUAAGGUCUCUGUUCCUCUGUUUCAGAACAAAGUAGAGGAGAACAAUCAGAGAUUCAGCCCAGCAGCAGAUGGUAAGUGUCUAUCUUUUAGAGUGUGUUCCGUUAUAGUUUACUUAAAGUGAUAGUUAACUUUUUUGACGUUUUAGCUUAUUUUCCACUUACCUAGGGUGUUGUGGAGACAUCCAAACCAUUUUUAAGUUUGUUAGCUGGUAAUUUAUCAACCUCCAGAAUCUUCUGGCUAACAGUUUAUGUGAAAGAUUGUAUCAGUUAGCAGUGCAUUCAAAAGUAUUAUAACUGGCCUAGUCUGACAUGAAACGCGAAAAAUGCUAAUAUUGGGGAUAUUGACAUGCAUUGGUUUUUGGACACAAAUGGCCAGGGAAACAAAACCAAAGCAUGGAUUGCUGUCUUACCUUGUCCAUAAACUGCUCACUGGGUAAGGAAACUAUGUUAUUUUGUAAUUUGGGUGAACUAUCCCUUUAACUAUUCUUAAACUCAUACCCUGACUUUCCCGCUUACUGAGUGACUAAGAGCUUAGCAACUGCCUGAUGUGUAACCGGUGGCACUGUGUGACUUAACAGCUUUGCUUCCUCGCUCACACGUCCGCUACUGGGAUUGAUCUUGUGUCUUCUGUUUCCCAUACACAUGUGACCACCCUCUCGUAUCACGUCCAUGACGCUGGUGGGGGUAUUUCAAGCUGAGUUGUGAGCUUUAUCAACUAAACUCGGUUACACUCGCCCCUCUCAGUCCAUAGCAACCCCAGCCGUUGAGCUGAGUGCAACUGCAGAUCCGGGGGCACGGCACCACUGUAACCGGCGGCAUGCUACUUGCUUAACAGCUUUGCUUGUCAGCUUUGCUUCCUCGCUCACAAGCCCACUCUGUCUCGCAAAUACACGUGACUGUCCUCUUAAAACACCUUAGCCAGCUUAGCCACCGAAAAGCAAUUAAAUGGCACAGGUGGUAGUGUUUCAAGCUGAAGCUUUAUCAACUCAACUCGGUUACAGACGCACCAUGACAAUGUGAAUGUGAUUGGUUGAGAACCCGUAGUGCAGAGCGUUUACACUUUGUACACACGUUCAUUUUCCACUCCUGAGUGUCUCCAGCCAGCUCCAACACAUUUCCCCCAUGCUUUUGAAUGCACUAACUAAUGCAAAUGCUAAUGCUAAUACUAAUGCUAGUGUGCUAACUGACACAAUCCGUUUCCACUAGCAUUGCUACAUGCUCCAAAAACACUAGCCAGGGGAUUCUGGACGUUAGUAUUGAACCAGCUAACGAACUUAGAACUUUGGAUGAAACAAUAACACUCAGGUAAGUCGAAAGCUAAAACAAAAACAAAAAACUAUCCAGUUUGUUAACCAGCACUUGACCAGCAUCAUAUCAGUGUCUACAUGUGAAAACAUAUUUUUUACAUUCUGUAAUUAAAAAGAUGAGAAGAACCAGAAAAUUGCAAUAUGCAUGCAACAUGCAAUAUUCAGACAAUAUAAAAUAAAAAGAGUACUAUACUGUAGAAUUAAAAUACAAAGUGACUGAUUUCGAGCCCAGGUUAACUACUGCCCUCCUUGCUUGAUGAAUUGGUGUUUUCACAGACGCCACACACCUCCCCUUCGGUCGACCAGCGGUUCUUUUCCAAACGACGUAUAGCCUCCUCCUCCACAGUGACUUCAUCAGUGGAUACAGCCAGGAACUCUCCAUGCCCCUAUGGACGUCAUUCACAGUGCCCAAACAAGUAGGCUAUUCAUCACAUGGAACACAAGAAAUGAAACUGACCUCGAGUCAUUUAAUGACUCGAUCCAUAUGAUUUGAGAGCUUAUCCUCAGACCUGGGGCAUGUUGAUUCGUUGAUCAGUGGUUGCAGAAUGGUUUUUGAAUUGUGACCCACAUAAGGCUUGUUACCCACAGAAUAGACACACAAAAAAAUAGCAUAGCCACAGCCCAAUAUUUUUCAUAAUUUCAUCAUUAAUAACGUUUGGUCAGGGACUGGCUAUGACCUACCAGUCUGUCCGGAGCCACCAUUUGGGAAACAUUGCAUUAGGUCAUAUCUUUUCAAAGCUCUUUUGAAAUGUCUCUGUUUACUUGAAUGGUUGCAGUGAGUAGCAAGUGUGAAAACAAUUAGUAUGUGUGAAAACAAUUAGUAGUCCUGUUGGGAGAUCGUAAAUGUUAUUUUGGUAUUUGACUCAACUGGUUAAUUGCAUUUUGUAUUAGAAUGAGCGUGGUUUUGCUUUAUUGGGGGGAGAGAGCCUGGAUAGGGACUUGCGUAACACUAACCUAACAGAACCCUAUACAGAUCUAGACACGAUCCAGCACACAAAUAUCAAAUAAUGACAUGGCCCCAAUCACAUACAGCAACACUGUAUUGGGUGUUUGUAUACCACUUCUCUCUCAUUUUACGAUGGGAUUUCACAAUGUGUUACUAAUGACAACGUGUUCCCUUCCAGGAUGAAGUCACACCCAUCCCUGAGCCUGAGCCAGUGAGUAAGUGUGUGAGAGCAGACAUGCGGGUCCCUCCUGAACACAGCCUGGCCUGCACCACCUACAGCCAGGACACCGACAUCUCCUAUGGCUUCCUCUAUCCACCAGGUGGGUCGCACACUAGCCCACCCUGGGUCAUGUUCAUUAAGGCACACUGAAGCAAAACAUUUUGCAAUGCAAAACGAAAACAAGCGUAUCUUAUUGGACAAGUUCAGACAGUAUCUCUCGUUUCACUUAUUUUCGUACCUAAUGAAGAUGACCCUGGUCUUGGGGAGCUACAGGGUGUGCAGGCUUUUGUUCCAGGCCUAAAUGGGAGGUAAAUUAAAGUAUAUGUUUGUAUUUUUUAUGCUAGAGCUGGCCAUGUCUCCUGAAUCAAAAUAUGAUGCAUCACUGAUCACGAACACCGUUCCCAUGUACCCUGCAUUCAAAAGUGAGUAUUCAUUUAUUUUUAUACAACAGGUGGUUUCUCGUGGCUAUGACCACUUCAUAGCCAUGAUAAAAAUGUCAUAACACAUGGCCUCUCAUGUAUUAUUGCUUGAAUGUAUACUUAUAAUAAUUUAUUUAUCUUUUUUAUUUGUAUAUCCAACCCCUUUGAAAAUGCUGGUUCAAAUGCUUUAUAAAUCUGGCACUGCGUUUUGUUAAGCAGUUUGUAGUUAUAGGUUCUCUAAGGAGAUCCUUGUUGCUCACUUUCUGUUUUUCUCUGGUUGAUGCUUCCCUGCAAAGCUAUUACAGUUACCAAUCACAUAGUAUAUAGUACAUGUGGCCCUCUGUGACUCUUGUGCUGCAUCUUUGCUUGGACUGGCCAUGCUAAUGUGUGGAGGGAGAAGUAGGAGGGUGAGUGAGGAGGGAGGCUAGUCUGAUGACCUCAGGUCUGGGAGAGAAGGGACAGGCUGACACCCAUUGUCCUCUCACUGGAGAGAGAUGUCCAGUACCCGCACACACACGCACGCACACACGCACGCACACACGCACACACAUACACACAAAGAGAGAGCCUCAGUGAAGCCUGGUGGUGAAUGAUUAUAGAGAAGGAUGUGAAGGGGAGUUCCCUUGUCUGGGGAGUUUUAGUGCAGGGCAUGACUUGUACUUCUUCUUGAAGGAAUGUGCAUCAAGAUCAGACCAGCCUUUGGCUUUUGAGAUGCAUACAAGGUGCCCUGCUAUAAUUCACAAGGUGUAAUAGCACAUUAAUAACAAGUAUUCACAAAAUGCUAUACACAGAUGCAGUAUAGAGAGUAUUUUUCAAGGCUGGCUAUAAGCAUUAAUUUCAGUUCAUGAUUUCUUAUAACCUCCUAAAUGCAUUCAUGCAACAGGGGAUUUACAGACAAUGUUAGCUAACAUUUGUUUUGGUUCUUCAACUAACAUUUGUCGUUGUCCUUCAACUCUGCAGAAGUAUGGAGCUACCUCCAGGGGACUCUUCUCAAGCGCUACGCAGAGGAGAAUAACGGCAUCAAUGUGGUCACCGGUCCCAUCUUUGACAACAACUACGAUGGCCUCCGGGACACCACCGUGAUGAUCAAAGAGUAAGGACUCAGACCAAUAGCGUUUGCACUUAGCACCUCUGAACGUAAUUUGCGAACCGAGUGUGCACCGAUUUUACAUGGAGAAUCCCAUGAAAAAUGUAGGCAGUCAGAUAUCCCUAAAACAUAGCUCGCUGAACGAUCGGUAGACGAAUGCUAGAUUCACAUUACUGCAGUGGGCUAAAUCAGGGUCACACAGAGUGAUUCUUUGAAACAAAAGUAUACACUUCACAUACAUACUGUAGCUAGGGGCUUAAAAAAAGAAGACACCAGUACCAUGUCAGAUAUAGAGUAGAAAUGUAUUCAAUUUUGAUUUUGCAUCCCAAAAUUACACUUUAUAUACUGUACAUCACAGGAGACUGAAAUAUAACAAAACUAUUUGACAUAGAAACACCGGAUUUGAUUUGUAAAAAAAACAUUAUUAAUUAUGAAAUUAUGAAAAAUAUUAAUAACAUUCCACCCAUGAGGCCAAAGAGGGCGCAUUUGGUAAUUGACUGCAGAAAAAAGGGCUACAGGUGACAGGUAGUGAUGGGGGAAAAAUACUGUUACAUAUCACAAUUCUAUUUUUGGAAGAUAUUAUAUCUAUAUUUGACUCCCAAGUAUCAAUUUUGCUACUAUAGGCAGUGGUAGGUAGCUGUAGGUAUUGUUAGCUAGUGCUAGUCGGCUGUACCUGCCCCAAAACGCCGGUAUUUUUCAUCCUAUAGCUUGUUCUCCGGCUUUAAAAAAAUAGUGAGCCAACAUGUUUUCAGCACUUUUAUUUCCAUGACUGAUCAAAACUUGUUUUCUCAUGCUCUCUCUUGUCUCUCUGCAGCAGACAUAUGGUGAGCAAUAUGUUAUGUCGUGAGAAUUGCAAUACAAAUUGUAUUGGCACCUAAGUAUCGUGAUAAUAUAAUAUCGUGAGGUCCCUGGCAAUUCCCAGCCCUAGUGACAGGUCAAGGUGUUGCCCUUUGACCUGUGUUUGUAAGAUGUUACAAUCAAAGGGGAUCAUGUUUUGUGUUAUUGUAUUUUUAUGUUCAUAUGGUUAUGGCUGUUCAACUGGAGUGAUCUGGAUUCAUUUGGGGUUUUACAUAAUUAAUCAAGGGUCUCCAACAGGUCGAUUGAGAGCUACCAGUAGCUUGCAGACCACCUAUGAGUAGCCGCCAAACAAUCAUAUGAAACUACAUGCAAUUUUCACGUGUUCCACCGCAAACUGUCGUAAACAAAUCUGACAAGUAUCAGACACAGCAAGCUCCCAGCUACUAUCUAACCAAUGCAACAUUGACAUUGUCCCACCCCUGGUUUGCCACUAUUGGCUUAAAAAGCAAACCUAACACAAUAUCUGCCUAUUAAUUUACAGCAAUAUUGCCCCUUUCUGUCUGUGUGGUGCGGGCGUUUGUCUAUCACACCGUUUGUAGCCAGGAGUGAUGGGUCUUUCGUGAACAAACAGCUCUUUUUAAACGUCUCUUUUAGGUAAGAGAAUCGCAUAUGUGAACGAGCCGUUCAUUUGGCUCCCUGAUUUGCAUACUUUUACUAUUGCUUUUUGAGCUCCAGACAUCGAUUAUCUGCAGAUAAAUUAUACAAACAUUGUCUGAAGAUGGUAAUUCCUCAGUGCAGUAACAAUAUAGUGAAGAGAGAGCCUCAUUCUGGUUCACGCACAUUUUUUUCAGUGCGUUGUAACUGGCAUGCUGUUUUUAUACAGUAAUACCGUUUUUUUUAUCGCUUUGGUGCAAUUUUCACAAGUAUGUGGUACAUUUUCCCAACUCUUAGUACAAAACUAUAAAUGAUCAUCAAAAAGGCAGUUGUUUCAAAACUCUAAACAAACGUUCAAUUGACUAAGUACAACACACAAAAUCAUAGUCACUUUUUCACCAAAUGUAAUCAGUGUUUCAUCUAGAAAUACAUGUUUCAGAUUGCAAUGUUCAUAUAAAGUAAUUACCUUUCACAAUUCAAAGCUCACUUUACUUUUGAUAUGAUUCUCUUCUCUUUUGUUAAAAUACAUUUUACUAUUACUUAAUCCGACUGCUUUUAAUUGAAAUCCAAGCCCUUAGCCAUGGUAUAUUGGCCAUAUAUCACACCUCCUCUGGCCUUAUUGCUUAAAUGCACUACUAUGAUGAUGACUAUUUAGAUUUUAUUUUAAAUCUGAUAUUGACAAGAUCAGAAAUGCUUGUGUUUGUACAGUGGGGGAAAAAAGUAUUUAGUCAGCCACCAAUUGUGCAAGUUCUCCCACUUAAAAAGAUGAGAGAGGCCUGUAAUUUUCAUCAUAGGUACACAUCAACUAUGACAGACAAAAUGAGAAAAAAAAUUCCAGAAAAUCACAGGCUCCUCUGUCCUCCACUCGUUACCUGUAUUAAUGGCACCUGUUUGAACUUGUUAUCAGUAUAAAAGACACCUGUCCACAACCUCAAACAGUCACACUACAAACUCCACUAUGGCCAAGACCAAAGAGCUGUCAAAGGACACCAGAAACAAAAUUGUAGACCUGCACCAGGCUGGGAAGACUGAAUCUGCAAUAGGUAAGCAGCUUGGUUUAAAGAAAUCAACUGUGGGAGCAAUUAUUAGGAAAUGGAAGACAUAAAAGACCACUGAUAAUCUUCCUCGAUCUGGGGCUCCACGCAAGAUCUCACCCCGUGGGGUCAAAAUGAUCACAAGAACGGUGAGCAAAAAUCCCAGAAGUGUACAUACACUCAAUUAGUAUUUGCUAAAUGAUGUAAAUGUAAAUGUUAAUAUUUGGUAGCAUUGCCUUUAAAUUGUUUAACUUGGGUCAAACGUUUCGGGUAGCCUUCCACAAGCUUCCCACAAUAAGUUGGGUGAAUUUUGGCCCAUUCCUCCUGACAGAGCUGGUGUAACUGAGUCAGGUUUGUAGGCCUCCUUGCUUGCACACGCUUUUUCAGUUCUGCCCACAAAUGUUCUAUAGGAUUGAGGUCAGGGCUUUGUGAUGGCCACUCCAAGUUUGAUGUCUUCACUAUCUACAAUGUAGAAAAUAGUAAAAAUAAAGAAAAACCCUUGAACGAGUAGGUGUGUCCAAUCUUUUGACUGGUACUGUAUGUCAGACUUGGAUUCGCCGGGUUUUUCCACAGGUGCAUGAACAAUGAGGAUAUUUACUGCGAUUUGGAUGAGAACCAAUGGCCAAAUGCUCAAGACAGGCUUGAUGCAAACUAGUGCCUGGAAAACCUUUAUUUUUUCAUUUCUUUACUUUGAUUACAUUGUGAAAGAUGUCUUCAAUGAUCCCACCUUUGAUCACACAUGGGAUAGAAAUUAUGGACAUUUGAUGUUCAGUAAAUUUUUAUGGGUAGUGCAAGUGUAUUGCCUAAUGUGAAAACAGUGUAAUGUACUGUAAUGUACAGUACUGUAGCAUACUACAUUAAAAGGGCAAUUUUGAAACAUGUAUCUUACAUGUUUUGCUAUUGGAUUAACUGGUUGUUAAAAUAACUAAAUUGAGAAGAUAUCAUUAUGCUGUGUUUUGGUGAUUAGACCAAUGUACUCAUUAUAUUUCACAGUAAACAUUUUGGAUCAAUGGCUGUGUGGUGAAAGAUGUCUACAAACAAAAUGAAUGCACAAUAAAACGUUUUGAAUGUAAGACUGGCUCCGUAACAAGUGUUACCAGUUUGGAGUUUUGUACUAAGAGUUUAGAACAUUCACCACACAAUUAUGAAAAUAGUAGCAAAGCGAUUAAAAAAACUAACACCAACCAGGUCAGGUUUGUUUUUGUGCCUGCAACAGUGCGUCUUUCUGUGUAAAUGGAAAGGGGGAUACGUAGUCAGUUGUACAACUCAAUGCAUUCAACCAAAAUGUGUCUUCUGCAUUUAACCCAACCCCUCUGAAUCAGAGAGGUGCAGGGGGCUACCUUAAUUGACACUAUCAGCACUCAGGGAGCAGUUCUUGUUGGGGGUUAACUGCUUUGCUCAAGAACGGCAGAAUUUUCACCUUGCCGGCUCUGGGAAUUGAACCAGCGACCAUUUGGUUACUGGCCCAACGCUCUUAACAGCAAGGCUACCUACCGCCCUUCCGGGUGUGGUGUUUGUGUGGGUGUUUGUGUGCUUGCCUGUAUCUUCAUAAAAGUGACUGCUAAUGACUGUGACCCCCAGGUACGCCGCAGUCUCGGCUCCGGUCCCUACCCACUACUAUGUAGUGAUCACCAGCUGUCAGGAUGUCAACCAGACGGUCGAGGUGUGUGACGGCCCCCUCAAUGUCUUCUCGUUCCUCCUACCCCACCGCAUGGACAACGACGAGAGCUGCAAGGUAAUUCUCUCACCACAUGGGGGUACUAUGUCUAUGACUAUCUAUCUGCUUGAAGAAGCCUAU